GGAGCUGCCCCCGUUGCCUCCGCGCCCGCGCGUGGAGCGUGUGGAGGCUGAGGCGCGCCUGAGGGCCUUCGACGCCCUCGCGCUGCUGCCCGCCGCCCCCGUGCCCGUGCCGCCCCCGCAGCCCUCCCUGCGGCACCUGCGGCUGUCGGGGCGCUUCAAGCUCUCUGCGCGCGUGCCGUGGGGCAGUGAGGUGCAGCCAGGGGCGGUGGACGAGGCUGGGGGGGGUGGAGGGGCGAGGCAGGAGGCAGAGGCGGGGCUGGCAGGGCUGGAGGGGAGUGUGCUCAUUCAGGGGCUGAAGCUGAACCAGCUGCUGCUGGGGGCCAACCUGUCAGGCGCCGUGGCUGUAAGUCCCCAUGGCUUCAACCUGCACACCGUGGGCCGCGGCGAUGAGCAGCUCAUGCUGCAGCUCUCAGCCAAUGGCGUGCUGCCACCUGUCCCUACAAUCCCCCAUGCCUCGUCGUCCUACAUGCCCCAGGCGCAGGCCUCCGAGGCGGCCUUCCCUCUCUUCGAAGUGGGAGCAGCGGCACCAACAGCAGGCAGUGCGGGCGGCGGUUUAGGGGGCGUAGCGGGAGGGGCGGUGCGGGUGCAGCGGGGGCAGAUGAGUGUGGAGGGGCAUGUGCGCAUGGGGGCAACAGCAGCACUGGAGGUGAGGGCGCUGCCGCUGGACGAGUUGGAGCUGGCGUCGCUGCGCGGGCUGGUGGAGCGUGCUGCUGUGCGCCUCAACUUCGCCAAGCGCCGCGGCCACGGCUCCCUCGCAGUGCGGCGCCCUCGCUUCAGUGGCAUGCUCUGUGACGCCCUGCAUGCUGCCUUCCGCUGGACCGGUGACGUGGUGACUCUGGAGAGGUCGGUGUUGGAGCAGGCAAACAGCCGGUACGAGGUACAGGGGGAAUAUGUGCUGCCGGGGAUGAGGGAGUGGGACAGGGAGCGCGACAGGGAGCGCGACAGGGACAGAACCACCUCCUCCCACUCACCCUCCACGCCCACCCCCGACGCUGCUGCCACUGCGGCUGCCGCGGCCUCGGAGCGCAGCGCGGACACGGAGUGGGGUGGGGGCGGGCGGCAGAGGGCGAUGCCGGGGCAGCUGCAGGCCAUGAUGACGUCCAUCGGCCGCUGGCGCUUGCGCCUCGACGUGCCCCACGCUGACGUCAGCGAGAUGCUGCCGGGGCUGCGCAUUCUGUCGCGCAGCCACGACCCGGCGGUGCUGCUGCGCUCCAAGGAGCUCUUCCUGCACGGCAUCGAGGAGGUUGGCUUCGCCUCCCACUCCCUGCAGCACCAGCUCGAGUAUGUGCGGGAGAAGAGGGAGCGCGAGUGGGAGCCAGCGGGCACGGACGUGGGUGGGGGGGCAGCAGCGGAGGCGCUGCCGGGGCUGGUGGACCUGCGGGGGCGCUGGCACGGGGUGCUGGAGGCGAGUGGGGGCGGCAACGGCGACACGUCGGCAUCAUUUGACGUGCACGGCAGCGACUGGGAGGCGGGCAGGUACCGGCUGCAGCAGCUGCAGGCGCGGGGGCGGUACAGCAACACGGGGGGGCUGCAGGUGGAGCGGCUGCUGCUGCAGAAGGACGACGGCGCCACGGUGCAUGCUGACGGCACUGUCUUUGGCCCCGCGCCCAGCCUGCACUUCGCGCUGCUCAACUUCCCCGCCCACCUCGUCCCCACCUUCCUGCAAGCCCUCCACGCCGCGGCGCCCUCCCAGUCCUCCGCUGCCGCUGCUGCCUCUGGUGCGCCGUUCCCCCCUCCACCACCCGUGGGCGUGCAGCAGGCGGCAGUGAGGGGCGUGGUGCAUGUGGAGGGCGACCUGUCGGGCUCCUUCGCCCAGCCGCAGUGCGACGUGCAGCUGCGGCUGCUGGACGGGGAGAUAGCGGGCGUGGCGCUGGGCAGGGCGGAGGUGGCGGCGUCGCUGACGAGGGCAUCGCGGCUGCUGUUCCACGCGGUGCUGGAGCCGGCACUGGACGCGGGCCAGGUGCGCAUCAAGGGCAACGUGCCGCUGCCGCCGCUACAGGGGGGGCACGCAGGGCAGACGGCGCAGGCAGGGCAGGAGGUGCAGGGCGCAGGCAGGGACAUGGGCGGUGGAGGGAGGAUGGCAGCUUCUGGUGGAGGCAGAGUGCAGGAGAAGCGGAGGGGCAAGGCAGGCGAGAAGAAGCAGAAGGCGGGUGUGGAGGCGACACAGAAGAAGGAAGGCGGCGGUGCAGCGCGGGAGGGCAGCCGGCUGUGGCACGACUGGGACUGGCUGGACAAGGAGGGAGGGCUGUGGAGCGAGGGCAAGGGGAGUGGCGAUGGUGGUGAAGCCGAGGAGAAGGUCGAGGAGGAGGAAGAGCAGGAGGAAGAGGAGGAGGAGGAGGGGGAAGGGGAGGGGGAGGGUGCGCAGAAGGGGCCGGAGCUGCUGCGCAGUCUGGUGGAGCUGGAGCGGGCGUUUGAGGGCGAGGAGCAGGCGGAGCAGAUGCAGGUGGAGGCCAGUGUGCAGGAUGCUGGCAUGAUGCUGCUCACCGCGCUCUCCCCCUCCUUCCGCUGGAUCCACGGCCACGCCGCCAUCUCUGCUCAGGUGGGUGCCGCCAUCUCUGCUCAGGUGAGAGGCACGCUGGCGCGGCCAGAGGUGGCGGCGGAGGCGGUGUUCAGCCGCGUGACGGCGUCGUCCCCCGUGCUGCCGCGCCCGCUCACGGGCGGGGGGGGGCGCAUCCGCAUCGCAGCGCAGCAGCUGCUGGUGGACGGGCUGGAGGGGCGCGUGGGGCGCCGCGGCACUCUGCGCGUCGAGGGCUCGCUGCCCCUCGGCCUGCCCGCGCACGAGUGGGGCGGUGAGGGGGCGGAAGGGGAAGGGGAGGAGACGCUUGGUGGGUUGAGGAGGGGAAGCAAGGGGAAGAGGGGGAGUGGGAGGGAAGAGGGGGAGCAUGCACAGGACAGCAAGGCUGGGGAGGGAAUCAGCAUCACGGCGGAGGGUCUUGAAGUGCGAGCACGCAAUGUGUUCAGUGGUCUGGUGGACGCGGGCGUGAGUGUGAUGGGCAGCCUGGCCGCCCCUGAGGUGACAGGAGCCAUCCGGCUGUCACGUGGCAUCGCGUACCUGUCGCAGGAGAAGGACCGGGCCGACACCCCCCCCUCCCCCUCCGUGCCCUCCUCGCUGCUGCCCUCCCACCGCCGCAAGACACCUGCACUCUCUGCUGCUCCCUCCACUGCCCCUCCUGCCAAGUCAGCAGCACCUGAUUGGCUGCCGGCGAUGUCCUCCACGGCCUCGUCUUCAGCCAUGAAGCUGCCGGCGACAGCUCCACAGCAAGAGAGCACGUCAUCGCCGCUAUCUGCCACCACUGCCACCGCCGCCUCUGCUGCCACUACAGCAGUGCCGCCUGUGCCGCUGCCAGCAACCCCUGACCUUGCGUCUGCGCCAUCGGCACCGGCGGCGCUGGUGCGGCUGCGGGGGCUGCAGGUGGCGCUGGGGCCGGAGCUGCGCGUGGUGUACCCGCUCAUCCUCAACCUCGCCACGCGCGGCGACCUGCACCUCAAUGGCUUCGCCGACCCGCGCCUCGUGCGCCCCUCCGGCACGCUCUUCUUUGAGAACGGCGAAGUCAACCUCGUUGCCACCCAGCUGCGGCUGAACCGCGAUCACCCCAACUGUGCGCGCUUUGAGGCGGCGCUGGGCAUGGAUCCGCUGCUGGACCUGAAGCUGGUGGGGGCGGACUGGCAGAUGCGCAUCCAGGGCCCGGCCAACCGCUGGCAGGACCACGUGGUGCUCACCACGCUGCCGCGCGGCGGCGAGGAGGACGUGCUGUCGCCCGCGGAGGCGGCGCGGCUGUUUGAGAGCCAGCUGGCGGAGUCGCUGCUGGAGAAGGACGGGCAGCUGGCGCUCAAGAAGCUGGCGGCCGCCACCGUGGAGACCCUCAUGCCCAAGAUCGAGAGCCGCGGGCAGUUCGGGCAGGCGCGGUGGCGCCUGGUGAGCGCGCCGCAGAUCCCGAACCUGCUCUCGCUGGACCCCACCUCCGACCCCUUCCAGUCCCUCGCCAACCUCUCCUUCGGCGCCGAGGUGGAAAUCCAAAUCGGCAACAACCUUCAG